AUGAAGAGGUUCAAUAUCGAAUUAGAUGUGCAUCUCAAUCCUUUGGCAAACUCAGUACCUGUGUCUUCAGCUGUAAAGAGCUACAAGCGCCAGCGCCGGGAAGACGAUGCCGCCGCCCAUCCCGCACUAGAUGUAGCCCUCCACACGUGCAUCAUCUCUGGACGGCAGUGCCGAUCCCGUAUCGGCCUCUCAAGUCACCUCACAAUUCACCAACUAGACUCAUUGGAGGAGGUGGACCUGCUGCAAGCCAUCGCUGUGCCCUUCGCCGACUCCUCCACCCAGUAUUUCGUCACGGGCUUCGACGGGUUUCCGGCUUUCGGCUUUAAAGUUGGAGCCAGCAUCAAACAUCCUUACCGACUCUUCAUGCCAGAGAGGUUCUACAGGAGGUUCUCGAUCAUGAUCGCCAUGAAGCCCGACACAGUCAGUCCGAUGUUCGUGUUCGCCGUCACCAACCCGCUGGAGAACAUCAUCCAACUGGGCGUGGGCUUCAUCCCCGCCGACCAGGGCAUGAGCAACGUCUCCUUGUACUACACCGAUGGAGAGAGGCAUAUGACUUCCCAGACCAUCGCCUCCUUCCUCGUCCCCCAGUUUGUCGGCUCUUGGAGCAGGCUGGCGUUCAGUGUGACGGAGGAGGAUAUCCAGCUGUGGUACAACUGUGAGUUAUACAGUGACGUGCUGGUCAAGCGGGUGCCACUCCAGCUGGUGUUCGACUCCGCCUCCACACUCUACAUCGGGCAGGCUGGCGGCAUCUUCAAGGGGGAUUUUGAGGGGGCGCUACAGGAGCUCAAGAUCUACAACGACCCCUCCCUGGCCAAGGUGCAGUGUGACGACUCCUUCACGGUGAGUACCUCGCUCUAGUUCUCUCCUCCCCAC